AGAGUUCAGCAUGCAGGAAGUUUUGAGGCAGCUCGGAGAGUAGCGCGGCGGCGGUGACCGCUGCCUCGCGUGCUCCGGGGUUUUGAGCUUUUUUUGCGGGGAUUGUGCCUUUUUUGCCCCCCGCCUACAACUCCCCCAAACACACAAGCAACCCGCAACAAUCAAAAAGUCCGGUAAGGGGGAAGAGAACACGAGCGAGGGAAGCACCCUCGGCGGGAGAGGAGAGCCCGUUUCUUCGCAGAGACACGGUCCCGCUCGCAGCUGGUCCCAAUGCAACUGCUCAUCCUCCUCCUGCUCUACGCCGUCGUCUGUGCGAACUUCUGCAGCCGUCAGGGCACCACCGCCCCUGCCCAGAGCGGAUCUAUAAAAGCCCUGCGGGCUUCCAACAUCAGGCGAGAUGAGAGCAAUCACCUCACAGACUUGUACCGAAAGGAGGAGACGAUCAGCGUGGCAGGGAACGGCUGCAUCCACAGUCCUCGCUUCCCCAGCAGCUACCCCAGGAACCUCCUGCUCACGUGGCGCCUCCACUCCCCAGAGAGCACCAGGAUCCAGCUGGCUUUUGAUAAUCAGUUUGGGCUGGAGGAACCCGAAAAUGAGAUCUGCAGGUAUGACUUUGUGGAAGUGGAAGAUGUGUCAGAGACCAGCACAGUUAUUCGAGGACGGUGGUGUGGACACAAGGAAGUGCCUCCAAGAAUAACAUCAAGGACAAAUCACAUAAAGAUAACCUUCAAAUCUGAUGACUACUUUGUGGCUAAACCUGGAUUCAAGAUAUGUUACUCUCUAGUGUGUAGCUCGAAAGAGGCAGAUUUUGCAAACACUCAGGAAAUGGAUGAUUUCCAGCAUGCAGCCUCAGAAACCAACUGGGAGUCAGUCACAAGCUCUGUCUCAGGGGUAUCCUAUCCCUCUCCAUCAGUGACUGACCCUACGCUCACUGCGGAAGCGCUAGAUCAGACCAUCGCCGCCUUUGACACGGUGGAGGAUCUGCUCAAACACUUCAACCCGGACUCCUGGCAAGAAGACCUUGAGAAUCUCUACACAGACAGUGGGCACCAUUAUCGAGGCAGGAGCUACCAUGACAGGAAGUCCAAAGUUGACCUGGACAGGUUGAAUGAUGAUGUGAAGCGUUACAGCUGCACUCCAAGGAACUACUCUGUCAAUUUAAGGGAGGAGCUGAAGCUGACAAAUGUCGUUUUCUUCCCCCGCUGCCUCCUUGUCCAGCGCUGCGGCGGAAACUGUGGCUGUGGCACUCCAAACUGGAAAUCCUGCACCUGUGUGUCGGGGAAAACUGUGAAAAAGUAUCAUGAGGUGCUGAAGUUUGUCCCUGAGGCUGGGCAUACCAGAAGAAAAGGCAAAAUCAGGAACAACAUGUCCUUGGUAGACAUACAGCUGGAUCACCAUGAGCGUUGUGAUUGUGUCUGCAGUUCAAGACCACCCCGAUAAAAAAGGAAAAAUAAAGAAAAGAAAAAAACAGACACACUAAUUGCAUCUUACCGGACAUUUACUUUCAAGCAGGAUUGCUCUGAGGACCUUUACUCACUAAUCAUUUGAAAUUUGCUACUAGCCUGCCUUUGCAAUUAGCAAAAACCAUUGCUGUGCUGAUUAGUGUCAUGGCAACUAAACAGAUAUAUCAUACAUUUAUGUAUCAGCAUCCAAGGAUUUAGGAUUGUGGUUAUCUGUAGCUAGAUUCUGAGGGUUGAGAUUUUAAAAGCUCAAUUGCAGUCCUUAGGCGCACAGUGCCCACUGAAUUUAAAUCCCAGGUGUGUAGGUUUCUGUGGUAGUUGGCAGUGAAAUAGCAUUGUGUUUCUUUUUCACUCACCAGUUCCUACACUCAAAUUCUGCUCCCAUUUCUACCUCCUCAGCUCUCCUGUUGGUAGGUAGGGUUUUAUGGUGGGUAUAAAUGAGGAGAGAAUUUGAGCCUGUAGGAGUGCAUAAUGGUUUGCCCCACUCUCAGAGGGAACUUCUCAGCAUUCUGGCCUGACAGAGUGAGAUAGAAUGCUUCAAAUCCAUCAUUACAUAAAAUCACACAUCAGAAAAGUCAAAUCUCGCUGUUUGUACUGGAGCAAGUCGUGUGCUGAAGUUAGUAGAUGCUUUGCCUUAGGACACUGAGGGUGGUAGGGGGUGCCGAGGCUGGCACUUCUGCCAUGGUGGCUCCAAGGCAGCCGUCACCCAAGUGCUUCUGCAAGAGGGGGCUGCUGCCAGCUCCCCAGGCAAAUACCUGUGGGCUGGGACUGAUUUUGGUCACUACCUACCUGAUGUGGAUUCCAGCCCCUUGCCCAGAGUGGCCCCAUGGUUGCCCAAGAGGAGCCCCUCUAUGGAAGAAGGAAGACCCAGCCCUCCCCUUGGAUCCUCCUCGCAGCAGUUCGAGGAGUGCCGUGCUUCCCUGUGGAGGAGAUGGAGAUAGGGCACUUGUUUGUUGAAAAUAUUGAUUUGUUUUGCAGUUGUGUUACUGGGAAACAAAACUGUGUUUGAGAUUUAAUUAUCAUUAUUUGGUUUGCGGUUUCUUUAUUUGUUUUUUAACUUUGUCAUAUAUGCAUUAAUCUUAGUUAUCUGAGGUUAGUUGUCUCGU